AUGCGCUGCCCUGCUAAGGGAUUGCGAGGGCCAAAACCCACUUUGUCCCAUCUCAGCCUCGCACCUUUUUUGGGACCCUCGCGCCACUGCGCCUCAAUCUCGUUCAUACACCCUUCCCCAAUCUCCGAAUCCGGACUCAGCGCCCUACACGUCUGCCCCGCACCUCUCUGCUCAACCCAUACCCCGCUGUUCACAACUUUUCCACCCUCUCUGCCUUACGCCCUUCAUCCCCCUUUCCACCCUCUCUGCCUUACGCCCUUCAUCCCCCUUUCCACCCUCUCUGCCUUACGCCCUUCAUCCCCCUUUCCACCCUCUCUGCCUUACGCCCUUCAUCCCCCUUUCCACCCUCUCUGCCUUACGCCCUUCAUCCCCCUUUCCACCCUCUCUGCCUUACGCCCUUCAUCCCCCUUUCCACCCUCUCUGCCUUACGCCCUUCAUCCCCCUUUCCACCCUCUCUGCCUUACGCCCUUCAUCCCCCUUUCCACCCUCUCUGCCUUACGCCCUUCAUCCCCCUUUCCACCCUCUCUGCCUUACGCCCUUCAUCCCCCUUUCCACCCUCUCUGCCUUACGCCCUUCAUCCCCCUUUCCACCCUCUCUGCCUUACGCCCUUCAUCCCCCUUUCCACCCUCUCUGCCUUACGCCCUUCAUCCCCCUUUCCACCCUCUCUGCCUUACGCCCUUCAUCCCCCUUUCCACCCUCUCUGCCUUACGCCCUUCAUCCCCCUUUCCACCCUCUCUGCCUUACGCCCUUCAUCCCCCUUUCCACCCUCUCUGCCUUACGCCCUUCAUCCCCCUUUCCACCCUCUCUGCCUUACGCCCUUCAUCCCCCUUUCCACCCUCUCUGCCUUACGCCCUUCAUCCCCCUUUCCACCCUCUCUGCCUUACGCCCUUCAUCCCCCUUUCCACCCUCUCUGCCUUACGCCCUUCAUCCCCCUUUCCACCCUCUCUGCCUUACGCCCUUCAUCCCCCUUUCCACCCUCUCUGCCUUACGCCCUUCAUCCCCCUUUCCACCCUCUCUGCCUUACGCCCUUCAUCCCCCUUUCCACCCUCUCUGCCUUACGCCCUUCAUCCCCCUUUCCACCCUCUCUGCCUUACGCCCUUCAUCCCCCUUUCCACCCUCUCUGCCUUACGCCCUUCAUCCCCCUUUCCACCCUCUCUGCCUUACGCCCUUCAUCCCCCUUUCCACCCUCUCUGCCUUACGCCCUUCAUCCCCCUUUCCACCCUCUCUCCUUACGCCCUUCAUCCCCCUUUCCACCCUCUCUGCCUUACGCCCUUCAUCCCCCUUUCCACCCUCUCUGCCUUACGCCCUUCAUCCCCCUUUCCACCCUCUCUGCCUUACGCCCUUCAUCCCCCUUUCCACCCUCUCUGCCUUACGCCCUUCAUCCCCCUUUCCACCCUCUCUGCCUUACGCCCUUCAUCCCCCUUUCCACCCUCUCUGCCUUACGCCCUUCAUCCCCCUUUCCACCCUCUCUGCCUUACGCCCUUCAUCCCCCUUUCCACCCUCUCUGCCUUACGCCCUUCAUCCCCCUUUCCACCCUCUCUGCCUUACGCCCUUCAUCCCCCUUUCCACCCUCUCUGCCUUACGCCCUUCAUCCCCCUUUCCACCCUCUCUGCCUUACGCCCUUCAUCCCCCUUUCCACCCUCUCUGCCUUACGCCCUUCAUCCCCCUUUCCACCCUCUCUGCCUUACGCCCUUCAUCCCCCUUUCCACCCUCUCUGCCUUACGCCCUUCAUCCCCCUUUCCACCCUCUCUGCCUUACGCCCUUCAUCCCCCUUUCCACCCUCUCUGCCUUACGCCCUUCAUCCCCCUUUCCACCCUCUCUGCCUUACGCCCUUCAUCCCCCUUUCCACCCUCUCUGCCUUACGCCCUUCAUCCCCCUUUCCACCCUCUCUGCCUUACGCCCUUCAUCCCCCUUUCCACCCUCUCUGCCUUACGCCCUUCAUCCCCCUUUCCACCCUCUCUGCCUUACGCCCUUCAUCCCCCUUUCCACCCUCUCUGCCUUACGCCCUUCAUCCCCCUUUCCACCCUCUCUGCCUUACGCCCUUCAUCCCCCUUUCCACCCUCUCUGCCUUACGCCCUUCAUCCCCCUUUCCACCCUCUCUGCCUUACGCCCUUCAUCCCCCUUUCCACCCUCUCUGCCUUACGCCCUUCAUCCCCCUUUCCACCCUCUCUGCCUUACGCCCUUCAUCCCCCUUUCCACCCUCUCUGCCUUACGCCCUUCAUCCCCCUUUCCACCCUCUCUGCCUUACGCCCUUCAUCCCCCUUUCCACCCUCUCUGCCUUACGCCCUUCAUCCCCCUUUCCACCCUCUCUGCCUUACGCCCUUCAUCCCCCUUUCCACCCUCUCUGCCUUACGCCCUUCAUCCCCCUUUCCACCCUCUCUGCCUUACGCCCUUCAUCCCCCUUUCCACCCUCUCUGCCUUACGCCCUUCAUCCCCCUUUCCACCCUCUCUGCCUUACGCCCUUCAUCCCCCUUUCCACCCUCUCUGCCUUACGCCCUUCAUCCCCCUUUCCACCCUCUCUGCCUUACGCCCUUCAUCCCCCUUUCCACCCUCUCUGCCUUACGCCCUUCAUCCCCCUUUCCACCCUCUCUGCCUUACGCCCUUCAUCCCCCUUUCCACCCUCUCUGCCUUACGCCCUUCAUCCCCCUUUCCACCCUCUCUGCCUUACGCCCUUCAUCCCCCUUUCCACCCUCUCUGCCUUACGCCCUUCAUCCCCCUUUCCACCCUCUCUGCCUUACGCCCUUCAUCCCCCUUUCCACCCUCUCUGCCUUACGCCCUUCAUCCCCCUUUCCACCCUCUCUGCCUUACGCCCUUCAUCCCCCUUUCCACCCUCUCUGCCUUACGCCCUUCAUCCCCCUUUCCACCCUCUCUGCCUUACGCCCUUCAUCCCCCUUUCCACCCUCUCUGCCUUACGCCCUUCAUCCCCCUUUCCACCCUCUCUGCCUUACGCCCUUCAUCCCCCUUUCCACCCUCUCUGCCUUACGCCCUUCAUCCCCCUUUCCACCCUCUCUGCCUUACGCCCUUCAUCCCCCUUUCCACCCUCUCUGCCUUACGCCCUUCAUCCCCCUUUCCACCCUCUCUGCCUUACGCCCUUCAUCCCCCUUUCCACCCUCUCUGCCUUACGCCCUUCAUCCCCCUUUCCACCCUCUCUGCCUUACGCCCUUCAUCCCCCUUUCCACCCUCUCUGCCUUACGCCCUUCAUCCCCCUUUCCACCCUCUCUGCCUUACGCCCUUCAUCCCCCUUUCCACCCUCUCUGCCUUACGCCCUUCAUCCCCCUUUCCACCCUCUCUGCCUUACGCCCUUCAUCCCCCUUUCCACCCUCUCUGCCUUACGCCCUUCAUCCCCCUUUCCACCCUCUCUGCCUUACGCCCUUCAUCCCCCUUUCCACCCUCUCUGCCUUACGCCCUUCAUCCCCCUUUCCACCCUCUCUGCCUUACGCCCUUCAUCCCCCUUUCCACCCUCUCUGCCUUACGCCCUUCAUCCCCCUUUCCACCCUCUCUGCCUUACGCCCUUCAUCCCCCUUUCCACCCUCUCUGCCUUACGCCCUUCAUCCCCCUUUCCACCCUCUCUGCCUUACGCCCUUCAUCCCCCUUUCCACCCUCUCUGCCUUACGCCCUUCAUCCCCCUUUCCACCCUCUCUGCCUUACGCCCUUCAUCCCCUUUCCACCCUCUCUGCCUUACGCCCUUCAUCCCCCUUUCCACCCUCUCUGCCUUACGCCCUUCAUCCCCCUUUCCACCCUCUCUGCCUUACGCCCUUCAUCCCCCUUUCCACCCUCUCUGCCUUACGCCCUUCAUCCCCCUUUCCACCCUCUCUGCCUUACGCCCUUCAUCCCCCUUUCCACCCUCUCUGCCUUACGCCCUUCAUCCCCCUUUCCACCCUCUCUGCCUUACGCCCUUCAUCCCCCUUUCCACCCUCUCUGCCUUACGCCCUUCAUCCCCCUUUCCACCCUCUCUGCCUUACGCCCUUCAUCCCCCUUUCCACCCUCUCUGCCUUACGCCCUUCAUCCCCCUUUCCACCCUCUCUGCCUUACGCCCUUCAUCCCCCUUUCCACCCUCUCUGCCUUACGCCCUUCAUCCCCCUUUCCACCCUCUCUGCCUUACGCCCUUCAUCCCCCUUUCCACCCUCUCUGCCUUACGCCCUUCAUCCCCCUUUCCACCCUCUCUGCCUUACGCCCUUCAUCCCCCUUUCCACCCUCUCUGCCUUACGCCCUUCAUCCCCCUUUCCACCCUCUCUGCCUUACGCCCUUCAUCCCCCUUUCCACCCUCUCUGCCUUACGCCCUUCAUCCCCCUUUCCACCCUCUCUGCCUUACGCCCUUCAUCCCCCUUUCCACCCUCUCUGCCUUACGCCCUUCAUCCCCCUUUCCACCCUCUCUGCCUUACGCCCUUCAUCCCCCUUUCCACCCUCUCUGCCUUACGCCCUUCAUCCCCCUUUCCACCCUCUCUGCCUUACGCCCUUCAUCCCCCUUUCCACCCUCUCUGCCUUACGCCCUUCAUCCCCCUUUCCACCCUCUCUGCCUUACGCCCUUCAUCCCCCUUUCCACCCUCUCUGCCUUACGCCCUUCAUCCCCCUUUCCACCCUCUCUGCCUUACGCCCUUCAUCCCCCUUUCCACCCUCUCUGCCUUACGCCCUUCAUCCCCCUUUCCACCCUCUCUGCCUUACGCCCUUCAUCCCCCUUUCCACCCUCUCUGCCUUACGCCCUUCAUCCCCCUUUCCACCCUCUCUGCCUUACGCCCUUCAUCCCCCUUUCCACCCUCUCUGCCUUACGCCCUUCAUCCCCCUUUCCACCCUCUCUGCCUUACGCCCUUCAUCCCCCUUUCCACCCUCUCUGCCUUACGCCCUUCAUCCCCCUUUCCACCCUCUCUGCCUUACGCCCUUCAUCCCCCUUUCCACCCUCUCUGCCUUACGCCCUUCAUCCCCCUUUCCACCCUCUCUGCCUUACGCCCUUCAUCCCCCUUUCCACCCUCUCUGCCUUACGCCCUUCAUCCCCCUUUCCACCCUCUCUGCCUUACGCCCUUCAUCCCCCUUUCCACCCUCUCUGCCUUACGCCCUUCAUCCCCCUUUCCACCCUCUCUGCCUUACGCCCUUCAUCCCCCUUUCCACCCUCUCUGCCUUACGCCCUUCAUCCCCCUUUCCACCCUCUCUGCCUUACGCCCUUCAUCCCCCUUUCCACCCUCUCUGCCUUACGCCCUUCAUCCCCCUUUCCACCCUCUCUGCCUUACGCCCUUCAUCCCCCUUUCCACCCUCUCUGCCUUACGCCCUUCAUCCCCCUUUCCACCCUCUCUGCCUUACGCCCUUCAUCCCCCUUUCCACCCUCUCUGCCUUACGCCCUUCAUCCCCCUUUCCACCCUCUCUGCCUUACGCCCUUCAUCCCCCUUUCCACCCUCUCUGCCUUACGCCCUUCAUCCCCCUUUCCACCCUCUCUGCCUUACGCCCUUCAUCCCCCUUUCCACCCUCUCUGCCUUACGCCCUUCAUCCCCCUUUCCACCCUCUCUGCCUUACGCCCUUCAUCCCCCUUUCCACCCUCUCUGCCUUACGCCCUUCAUCCCCCUUUCCACCCUCUCUGCCUUACGCCCUUCAUCCCCCUUUCCACCCUCUCUGCCUUACGCCCUUCAUCCCCCUUUCCACCCUCUCUGCCUUACGCCCUUCAUCCCCCUUUCCACCCUCUCUGCCUUACGCCCUUCAUCCCCCUUUCCACCCUCUCUGCCUUACGCCCUUCAUCCCCCUUUCCACCCUCUCUGCCUUACGCCCUUCAUCCCCCUUUCCACCCUCUCUGCCUUACGCCCUUCAUCCCCCUUUCCACCCUCUCUGCCUUACGCCCUUCAUCCCCCUUUCCACCCUCUCUGCCUUACGCCCUUCAUCCCCCUUUCCACCCUCUCUGCCUUACGCCCUUCAUCCCCCUUUCCACCCUCUCUGCCUUACGCCCUUCAUCCCCCUUUCCACCCUCUCUGCCUUACGCCCUUCAUCCCCCUUUCCACCCUCUCUGCCUUACGCCCUUCAUCCCCCUUUCCACCCUCUCUGCCUUACGCCCUUCAUCCCCCUUUCCACCCUCUCUGCCUUACGCCCUUCAUCCCCCUUUCCACCCUCUCUGCCUUACGCCCUUCAUCCCCCUUUCCACCCUCUCUGCCUUACGCCCUUCAUCCCCCUUUCCACCCUCUCUGCCUUACGCCCUUCAUCCCCCUUUCCACCCUCUCUGCCUUACGCCCUUCAUCCCCCUUUCCACCCUCUCUGCCUUACGCCCUUCAUCCCCCUUUCCACCCUCUCUGCCUUACGCCCUUCAUCCCCCUUUCCACCCUCUCUGCCUUACGCCCUUCAUCCCCCUUUCCACCCUCUCUGCCUUACGCCCUUCAUCCCCCUUUCCACCCUCUCUGCCUUACGCCCUUCAUCCCCCUUUCCACCCUCUCUGCCUUACGCCCUUCAUCCCCCUUUCCACCCUCUCUGCCUUACGCCCUUCAUCCCCCUUUCCACCCUCUCUGCCUUACGCCCUUCAUCCCCCUUUCCACCCUCUCUGCCUUACGCCCUUCAUCCCCCUUUCCACCCUCUCUGCCUUACGCCCUUCAUCCCCCUUUCCACCCUCUCUGCCUUACGCCCUUCAUCCCCCUUUCCACCCUCUCUGCCUUACGCCCUUCAUCCCCCUUUCCACCCUCUCUGCCUUACGCCCUUCAUCCCCCUUUCCACCCUCUCUGCCUUACGCCCUUCAUCCCCCUUUCCACCCUCUCUGCCUUACGCCCUUCAUCCCCCUUUCCACCCUCUCUGCCUUACGCCCUUCAUCCCCCUUUCCACCCUCUCUGCCUUACGCCCUUCAUCCCCCUUUCCACCCUCUCUGCCUUACGCCCUUCAUCCCCCUUUCCACCCUCUCUGCCUUACGCCCUUCAUCCCCCUUUCCACCCUCUCUGCCUUACGCCCUUCAUCCCCCUUUCCACCCUCUCUGCCUUACGCCCUUCAUCCCCCUUUCCACCCUCUCUGCCUUACGCCCUUCAUCCCCCUUUCCACCCUCUCUGCCUUACGCCCUUCAUCCCCCUUUCCACCCUCUCUGCCUUACGCCCUUCAUCCCCCUUUCCACCCUCUCUGCCUUACGCCCUUCAUCCCCCUUUCCACCCUCUCUGCCUUACGCCCUUCAUCCCCCUUUCCACCCUCUCUGCCUUACGCCCUUCAUCCCCCUUUCCACCCUCUCUGCCUUACGCCCUUCAUCCCCCUUUCCACCCUCUCUGCCUUACGCCCUUCAUCCCCCUUUCCACCCUCUCUGCCUUACGCCCUUCAUCCCCCUUUCCACCCUCUCUGCCUUACGCCCUUCAUCCCCCUUUCCACCCUCUCUGCCUUACGCCCUUCAUCCCCCUUUCCACCCUCUCUGCCUUACGCCCUUCAUCCCCCUUUCCACCCUCUCUGCCUUACGCCCUUCAUCCCCCUUUCCACCCUCUCUGCCUUACGCCCUUCAUCCCCCUUUCCACCCUCUCUGCCUUACGCCCUUCAUCCCCCUUUCCACCCUCUCUGCCUUACGCCCUUCAUCCCCCUUUCCACCCUCUCUGCCUUACGCCCUUCAUCCCCCUUUCCACCCUCUCUGCCUUACGCCCUUCAUCCCCCUUUCCACCCUCUCUGCCUUACGCCCUUCAUCCCCCUUUCCACCCUCUCUGCCUUACGCCCUUCAUCCCCCUUUCCACCCUCUCUGCCUUACGCCCUUCAUCCCCCUUUCCACCCUCUCUGCCUUACGCCCUUCAUCCCCCUUUCCACCCUCUCUGCCUUACGCCCUUCAUCCCCCUUUCCACCCUCUCUGCCUUACGCCCUUCAUCCCCCUUUCCACCCUCUCUGCCUUACGCCCUUCAUCCCCCUUUCCACCCUCUCUGCCUUACGCCCUUCAUCCCCCUUUCCACCCUCUCUGCCUUACGCCCUUCAUCCCCCUUUCCACCCUCUCUGCCUUACGCCCUUCAUCCCCCUUUCCACCCUCUCUGCCUUACGCCCUUCAUCCCCCUUUCCACCCUCUCUGCCUUACGCCCUUCAUCCCCCUUUCCACCCUCUCUGCCUUACGCCCUUCAUCCCCCUUUCCACCCUCUCUGCCUUACGCCCUUCAUCCCCCUUUCCACCCUCUCUGCCUUACGCCCUUCAUCCCCCUUUCCACCCUCUCUGCCUUACGCCCUUCAUCCCCCUUUCCACCCUCUCUGCCUUACGCCCUUCAUCCCCCUUUCCACCCUCUCUGCCUUACGCCCUUCAUCCCCCUUUCCACCCUCUCUGCCUUACGCCCUUCAUCCCCCUUUCCACCCUCUCUGCCUUACGCCCUUCAUCCCCCUUUCCACCCUCUCUGCCUUACGCCCUUCAUCCCCCUUUCCACCCUCUCUGCCUUACGCCCUUCAUCCCCCUUUCCACCCUCUCUGCCUUACGCCCUUCAUCCCCCUUUCCACCCUCUCUGCCUUACGCCCUUCAUCCCCCUUUCCACCCUCUCUGCCUUACGCCCUUCAUCCCCCUUUCCACCCUCUCUGCCUUACGCCCUUCAUCCCCCUUUCCACCCUCUCUGCCUUACGCCCUUCAUCCCCCUUUCCACCCUCUCUGCCUUACGCCCUUCAUCCCCCUUUCCACCCUCUCUGCCUUACGCCCUUCAUCCCCCUUUCCACCCUCUCUGCCUUACGCCCUUCAUCCCCCUUUCCACCCUCUCUGCCUUACGCCCUUCAUCCCCCUUUCCACCCUCUCUGCCUUACGCCCUUCAUCCCCCUUUCCACCCUCUCUGCCUUACGCCCUUCAUCCCCCUUUCCACCCUCUCUGCCUUACGCCCUUCAUCCCCCUUUCCACCCUCUCUGCCUUACGCCCUUCAUCCCCCUUUCCACCCUCUCUGCCUUACGCCCUUCAUCCCCCUUUCCACCCUCUCUGCCUUACGCCCUUCAUCCCCCUUUCCACCCUCUCUGCCUUACGCCCUUCAUCCCCCUUUCCACCCUCUCUGCCUUACGCCCUUCAUCCCCCUUUCCACCCUCUCUGCCUUACGCCCUUCAUCCCCCUUUCCACCCUCUCUGCCUUACGCCCUUCAUCCCCCUUUCCACCCUCUCUGCCUUACGCCCUUCAUCCCCCUUUCCACCCUCUCUGCCUUACGCCCUUCAUCCCCCUUUCCACCCUCUCUGCCUUACGCCCUUCAUCCCCUUUCCACCCUCUCUGCCUUACGCCCUUCAUCCCCCUUUCCACCCUCUCUGCCUUACGCCCUUCAUCCCCCUUUCCACCCUCUCUGCCUUACGCCCUUCAUCCCCCUUUCCACCCUCUCUGCCUUACGCCCUUCAUCCCCCUUUCCACCCUCUCUGCCUUACGCCCUUCAUCCCCCUUUCCACCCUCUCUGCCUUACGCCCUUCAUCCCCCUUUCCACCCUCUCUGCCUUACGCCCUUCAUCCCCCUUUCCACCCUCUCUGCCUUACGCCCUUCAUCCCCCUUUCCACCCUCUCUGCCUUACGCCCUUCAUCCCCCUUUCCACCCUCUCUGCCUUACGCCCUUCAUCCCCCUUUCCACCCUCUCUGCCUUACGCCCUUCAUCCCCCUUUCCACCCUCUCUGCCUUACGCCCUUCAUCCCCCUUUCCACCCUCUCUGCCUUACGCCCUUCAUCCCCCUUUCCACCCUCUCUGCCUUACGCCCUUCAUCCCCCUUUCCACCCUCUCUGCCUUACGCCCUUCAUCCCCCUUUCCACCCUCUCUGCCUUACGCCCUUCAUCCCCCUUUCCACCCUCUCUGCCUUACGCCCUUCAUCCCCCUUUCCACCCUCUCUGCCUUACGCCCUUCAUCCCCCUUUCCACCCUCUCUGCCUUACGCCCUUCAUCCCCCUUUCCACCCUCUCUGCCUUACGCCCUUCAUCCCCCUUUCCACCCUCUCUGCCUUACGCCCUUCAUCCCCCUUUCCACCCUCUCUGCCUUACGCCCUUCAUCCCCCUUUCCACCCUCUCUGCCUUACGCCCUUCAUCCCCUUUCCACCCUCUCUGCCUUACGCCCUUCAUCCCCCUUUCCACCCUCUCUGCCUUACGCCCUUCAUCCCCCUUUCCACCCUCUCUGCCUUACGCCCUUCAUCCCCCUUUCCACCCUCUCUGCCUUACGCCCUUCAUCCCCCUUUCCACCCUCUCUGCCUUACGCCCUUCAUCCCCCUUUCCACCCUCUCUGCCUUACGCCCUUCAUCCCCCUUUCCACCCUCUCUGCCUUACGCCCUUCAUCCCCCUUUCCACCCUCUCUGCCUUACGCCCUUCAUCCCCCUUUCCACCCUCUCUGCCUUACGCCCUUCAUCCCCCUUUCCACCCUCUCUGCCUUACGCCCUUCAUCCCCCUUUCCACCCUCUCUGCCUUACGCCCUUCAUCCCCCUUUCCACCCUCUCUGCCUUACGCCCUUCAUCCCCCUUUCCACCCUCUCUGCCUUACGCCCUUCAUCCCCCUUUCCACCCUCUCUGCCUUACGCCCUUCAUCCCCCUUUCCACCCUCUCUGCCUUACGCCCUUCAUCCCCCUUUCCACCCUCUCUGCCUUACGCCCUUCAUCCCCCUUUCCACCCUCUCUGCCUUACGCCCUUCAUCCCCCUUUCCACCCUCUCUGCCUUACGCCCUUCAUCCCCCUUUCCACCCUCUCUGCCUUACGCCCUUCAUCCCCUUUCCACCCUCUCUGCCUUACGCCCUUCAUCCCCCUUUCCACCCUCUCUGCCUUACGCCCUUCAUCCCCCUUUCCACCCUCUCUGCCUUACGCCCUUCAUCCCCCUUUCCACCCUCUCUGCCUUACGCCCUUCAUCCCCCUUUCCACCCUCUCUGCCUUACGCCCUUCAUCCCCCUUUCCACCCUCUCUGCCUUACGCCCUUCAUCCCCCUUUCCACCCUCUCUGCCUUACGCCCUUCAUCCCCCUUUCCACCCUCUCUGCCUUACGCCCUUCAUCCCCCUUUCCACCCUCUCUGCCUUACGCCCUUCAUCCCCCUUUCCACCCUCUCUGCCUUACGCCCUUCAUCCCCCUUUCCACCCUCUCUGCCUUACGCCCUUCAUCCCCCUUUCCACCCUCUCUGCCUUACGCCCUUCAUCCCCCUUUCCACCCUCUCUGCCUUACGCCCUUCAUCCCCCUUUCCACCCUCUCUGCCUUACGCCCUUCAUCCCCCUUUCCACCCUCUCUGCCUUACGCCCUUCAUCCCCCUUUCCACCCUCUCUGCCUUACGCCCUUCAUCCCCCUUUCCACCCUCUCUGCCUUACGCCCUUCAUCCCCCUUUCCACCCUCUCUGCCUUACGCCCUUCAUCCCCCUUUCCACCCUCUCUGCCUUACGCCCUUCAUCCCCCUUUCCACCCUCUCUGCCUUACGCCCUUCAUCCCCCUUUCCACCCUCUCUGCCUUACGCCCUUCAUCCCCCUUUCCACCCUCUCUGCCUUACGCCCUUCAUCCCCCUUUCCACCCUCUCUGCCUUACGCCCUUCAUCCCCCUUUCCACCCUCUCUGCCUUACGCCCUUCAUCCCCCUUUCCACCCUCUCUGCCUUACGCCCUUCAUCCCCCUUUCCACCCUCUCUGCCUUACGCCCUUCAUCCCCCUUUCCACCCUCUCUGCCUUACGCCCUUCAUCCCCCUUUCCACCCUCUCUGCCUUACGCCCUUCAUCCCCCUUUCCACCCUCUCUGCCUUACGCCCUUCAUCCCCCUUUCCACCCUCUCUGCCUUACGCCCUUCAUCCCCCUUUCCACCCUCUCUGCCUUACGCCCUUCAUCCCCCUUUCCACCCUCUCUGCCUUACGCCCUUCAUCCCCCUUUCCACCCUCUCUGCCUUACGCCCUUCAUCCCCCUUUCCACCCUCUCUGCCUUACGCCCUUCAUCCCCCUUUCCACCCUCUCUGCCUUACGCCCUUCAUCCCCCUUUCCACCCUCUCUGCCUUACGCCCUUCAUCCCCCUUUCCACCCUCUCUGCCUUACGCCCUUCAUCCCCCUUUCCACCCUCUCUGCCUUACGCCCUUCAUCCCCCUUUCCACCCUCUCUGCCUUACGCCCUUCAUCCCCCUUUCCACCCUCUCUGCCUUACGCCCUUCAUCCCCCUUUCCACCCUCUCUGCCUUACGCCCUUCAUCCCCCUUUCCACCCUCUCUGCCUUACGCCCUUCAUCCCCCUUUCCACCCUCUCUGCCUUACGCCCUUCAUCCCCCUUUCCACCCUCUCUGCCUUACGCCCUUCAUCCCCCUUUCCACCCUCUCUGCCUUACGCCCUUCAUCCCCCUUUCCACCCUCUCUGCCUUACGCCCUUCAUCCCCCUUUCCACCCUCUCUGCCUUACGCCCUUCAUCCCCCUUUCCACCCUCUCUGCCUUACGCCCUUCAUCCCCCUUUCCACCCUCUCUGCCUUACGCCCUUCAUCCCCCUUUCCACCCUCUCUGCCUUACGCCCUUCAUCCCCCUUUCCACCCUCUCUGCCUUACGCCCUUCAUCCCCCUUUCCACCCUCUCUGCCUUACGCCCUUCAUCCCCCUUUCCACCCUCUCUGCCUUACGCCCUUCAUCCCCCUUUCCACCCUCUCUGCCUUACGCCCUUCAUCCCCCUUUCCACCCUCUCUGCCUUACGCCCUUCAUCCCCCUUUCCACCCUCUCUGCCUUACGCCCUUCAUCCCCCUUUCCACCCUCUCUGCCUUACGCCCUUCAUCCCCCUUUCCACCCUCUCUGCCUUACGCCCUUCAUCCCCCUUUCCACCCUCUCUGCCUUACGCCCUUCAUCCCCCUUUCCACCCUCUCUGCCUUACGCCCUUCAUCCCCCUUUCCACCCUCUCUGCCUUACGCCCUUCAUCCCCCUUUCCACCCUCUCUGCCUUACGCCCUUCAUCCCCCUUUCCACCCUCUCUGCCUUACGCCCUUCAUCCCCCUUUCCACCCUCUCUGCCUUACGCCCUUCAUCCCCCUUUCCACCCUCUCUGCCUUACGCCCUUCAUCCCCCUUUCCACCCUCUCUGCCUUACGCCCUUCAUCCCCCUUUCCACCCUCUCUGCCUUACGCCCUUCAUCCCCCUUUCCACCCUCUCUGCCUUACGCCCUUCAUCCCCCUUUCCACCCUCUCUGCCUUACGCCCUUCAUCCCCCUUUCCACCCUCUCUGCCUUACGCCCUUCAUCCCCCUUUCCACCCUCUCUGCCUUACGCCCUUCAUCCCCCUUUCCACCCUCUCUGCCUUACGCCCUUCAUCCCCCUUUCCACCCUCUCUGCCUUACGCCCUUCAUCCCCCUUUCCACCCUCUCUGCCUUACGCCCUUCAUCCCCCUUUCCACCCUCUCUGCCUUACGCCCUUCAUCCCCCUUUCCACCCUCUCUGCCUUACGCCCUUCAUCCCCCUUUCCACCCUCUCUGCCUUACGCCCUUCAUCCCCCUUUCCACCCUCUCUGCCUUACGCCCUUCAUCCCCCUUUCCACCCUCUCUGCCUUACGCCCUUCAUCCCCCUUUCCACCCUCUCUGCCUUACGCCCUUCAUCCCCCUUUCCACCCUCUCUGCCUUACGCCCUUCAUCCCCCUUUCCACCCUCUCUGCCUUACGCCCUUCAUCCCCCUUUCCACCCUCUCUGCCUUACGCCCUUCAUCCCCCUUUCCACCCUCUCUGCCUUACGCCCUUCAUCCCCCUUUCCACCCUCUCUGCCUUACGCCCUUCAUCCCCCUUUCCACCCUCUCUGCCUUACGCCCUUCAUCCCCCUUUCCACCCUCUCUGCCUUACGCCCUUCAUCCCCCUUUCCACCCUCUCUGCCUUACGCCCUUCAUCCCCCUUUCCACCCUCUCUGCCUUACGCCCUUCAUCCCCCUUUCCACCCUCUCUGCCUUACGCCCUUCAUCCCCCUUUCCACCCUCUCUGCCUUACGCCCUUCAUCCCCCUUUCCACCCUCUCUGCCUUACGCCCUUCAUCCCCCUUUCCACCCUCUCUGCCUUACGCCCUUCAUCCCCCUUUCCACCCUCUCUGCCUUACGCCCUUCAUCCCCCUUUCCACCCUCUCUGCCUUACGCCCUUCAUCCCCCUUUCCACCCUCUCUGCCUUACGCCCUUCAUCCCCUUUCCACCCUCUCUGCCUUACGCCCUUCAUCCCCCUUUCCACCCUCUCUGCCUUACGCCCUUCAUCCCCCUUUCCACCCUCUCUGCCUUACGCCCUUCAUCCCCCUUUCCACCCUCUCUGCCUUACGCCCUUCAUCCCCCUUUCCACCCUCUCUGCCUUACGCCCUUCAUCCCCCUUUCCACCCUCUCUGCCUUACGCCCUUCAUCCCCCUUUCCACCCUCUCUGCCUUACGCCCUUCAUCCCCCUUUCCACCCUCUCUGCCUUACGCCCUUCAUCCCCCUUUCCACCCUCUCUGCCUUACGCCCUUCAUCCCCCUUUCCACCCUCUCUGCCUUACGCCCUUCAUCCCCCUUUCCACCCUCUCUGCCUUACGCCCUUCAUCCCCCUUUCCACCCUCUCUGCCUUACGCCCUUCAUCCCCCUUUCCACCCUCUCUGCCUUACGCCCUUCAUCCCCUUUCCACCCUCUCUGCCUUACGCCCUUCAUCCCCCUUUCCACCCUCUCUGCCUUCCCCCCCCCCCCACCCUCCUCCUCCCCCCAGGAGCAUUAUUGCAGACUUUUCCCAUUUGUCCCUACACUCAUCUUCCCUUCUCCCCUCUCUGCCUUACACCCGUGAAAUCCUUUUUUCCACACACCGAUACACUCUUCAACCCCCACAAUGCUUUCCCUCUGUUACGCCCUUCUUCCUCCGUUCGCCACAGUCUUACACCCUUCCCCUUACACCCUGCUUCCCUAUCCCCCCUGUCUUCAAAAGACCCUCCCUGCCCCUCUCCCCACCCUUCCUUUCCACCUUCUUCCUCCUUCGUGCCUCCUCUGCCUUAUGCCCAGCCUUACCCAUUCCCCUAUCCUCCCUAAACCCUUUUCCCCACUCCCCCGUCCUUCCCUUACCAUUUUCUCUCCCCUACCCUCUCCCGCCUUCACCCAUCUUCCCCCUCUCCCGCCUUCACCCAUCUUCCCCCUCUCCCCAGUCUGCCAUACACCCUUCUGUCCUGGUUUCCCGCGCUGCCUUACACCUUUCUGCCCUGGUUUCCCGCGCUGCCUUACACCAUUCUGCCCCGGUUUCCCGCGCUGCCUUACACCUUUCUGCCCUGGUUUCCCGCGCUGCCUUACACCAUUCUGCCCCGGUUUCCCGCGCUGCCUUACACCUUUCUGCCCUGGUUUCCCGCGCUGCCUUACACCUUUCUGCCCUGGUUUCCCGCGUCGCCUUACACCCUUCUGCCCUGGUUUCCCGCGCUGCCUUACACCCUUCUGCCCUGGUUUCCCGCGCUGCCUUACACCAUUGUGCCCUGGUUUCCCGCGCUGCCUUACACCCUUCUGCCCUGGUGCAUGUGGCUGCAAUGUCCCCUCUGCCUUGCAUUAGCAUGUCCCAUGUGGCUGCACCGUCCUCUCUGCCUUGCAUUAGCAUGUCCCAUGUGGCUGCACCGUCCUCUCUGCCUUGCAUUAGCAUGUCCCAUGUGGCUGCACCGUCCUCUCUGCCUUGCAUUAGCAUGUCCCAUGUGGCUGCACCGUCCUCUCUGCCUUGCAUUAGCAUGUCCCAUGUGGCUGCAAGAUCCUCUCCCCACUGCCGCACACUGUCCGUGCCCCAUGCACAUGUCAUUUUGCACGCCACAUGUUCCAGUUCCCCUCACUGUGCUGCCUCCCUUCCCCACCCUUUCGAGGGCAGUGUACAACUCACUCUUGCCAGUGUGAGGGCUGGAGGGGAAUGUCGCACCGACAAGGGACGGGUAGUGGCUCAGCUAAGCGCGUCCGAACCGGCGUGCCUGCUAGGCCACGCUGUAGGGCUCUCAUGCGUCGCCGGCCGGAAGGGGUACGCAUGGACGAGCAAGAUAGCGCGGAGGAGACCGAGGAAGUGGGCGGCCAACUGGUUAUCCUUCCCCUCUGAAGCUAUUGUGGGGCCUUUUUCAACCCAACGUACAGUGGAGAACGUGAUACGAGUUGCGUAUGGCGCAAACCUCGAUGUGGGCGUGGACGACGCAGAGGUGGAGCCGAAGAACCACCGUUUCCGCUGUUACGUGGGGUAUUCGGAUUUGUUGGGAGAGGACACUAGUGACCAUGUCGACGUGUGCAUGGGUGCUAAGUCGUGCAAGGGUCUUCACGUGUGCACACCAUGUGCCCGUGUGCAAGGGUGUGCCCGUGUGCAAGGGUGUGCCCGUGUGCAAGGAUGUGCCCGUGUGCAAGGGUGUGCCCGUGUGCAAGGGUGUGCCCGUGUGCAAGGGUGUGCCCGUGUGCAAGGGUGUGCCCGUGUGCAAGGGUGUGCCCGUGUGCAAGGGUGUGCCCGUGUGCAAGGGUGUGCCCGUGUGCAAGGGUGUGCCCGUGUGCAAGGGUGUGCCCGUGUGCAAGGGUGUGCCCGUGUGCAAGGGUGUGCCCGUGUGCAAGGGUGUGCCCGUGUGCAAGGGUGUGCCCGUGUGCAAGGGUGUGCCCGUGUGCAAGGGUGUGCCCGUGUGCAAGGGUGUGCCCGUGUGCAAGGGUGUGCCCGUGUGCAAGGGUGUGCCCGUGUGCAAGGGUGUGCCCGUGUGCAAGGGUGUGCCCGUGUGCAAGGGUGUGCCCGUGUGCAAGGGUGUGCCCGUGUGCAAGGGUGUGCCCGUGUGCAAGGGUGUGCCCGUGUGCAAGGGUGUGCCCGUGUGCAAGGGUGUGCCCGUGUGCAAGGGUGUGCCCGUGUGCAAGGGUGUGCCCGUGUGCAAGGGUGUGCCCGUGUGCAAGGGUGUUCCCGUGUGCAAGGGUGUUCCCGUGUGCAAGGGUGUGCCCGUGUGCAAGGGUGUGCCCGUGUGCAAGGGUGUGCCCGUGUGCAAGGGUGUGCCCGUGUGCAAGGGUGUUCCCGUGUGCAAGGGUGUGCCCGUGUGCAAGGGUGUGCCCGUGUGCAAGGGUGUGCCCGUGUGCAAGGGUGUGCCCGUGUGCAAGGGUGGGCCCGUGUGCAAGGGUGUGCCCGUGUGCAAGGGUGUGCCCGUGUGCAAGGGUGUGCCCGUGUGCAAGGGUGUGCCCGUGUGCAAGGGUGUGCCCGUGUGCAAGGGUGUGCCCGUGUGCAAGGGUGUGCCCGUGUGCAAGGGUGUGCCCGUGUGCAAGGGUGUUCCCGUGUGCAAGGGUGUGCCCGUGUGCAAGGGUGUGCCCGUGUGCAAGGGUGUGCCCGUGUGCAAGGGUGUGCCCGUGUGCAAGGGUGUGCCCGUGUGCAAGGGUGUGCCCGUGUGCAAGGGUGUGCCCGUGUGCAAGGGUGUGCCCGUGUGCAAGGGUGUGCCGCAUACGACCUUUGCACCCACCCACUCGGUUGCAUGCGAGUGACAGAAGCAUGA